UUUUUCAAAAAGUCCCUGUCAGCAUGAAACAUUUUUGAUGAUUUCUUGCUUUAUUAGAUAAUGUUUUGUUCGGGAAAUUCUGCAUAAGUAAAAAUAUCUUGGAUUUCAAAGCAACCUUUAACCUCUUCUUAAAUGCCCCCUUUCUAUGAAAGACGUAAAGUAUAUCAAUUGUAGCGAUACUUUUGUAUUGCUAUCGAUCUAAAGUAUCGCGCGUAGUAAAAUGUGAGCCGUGACGUAUGCACGGGACACCCGGAGCGCAGCAACGCAGUGACGUCACCACGCGGUUUGUUUCUCCGGGAACAAUGGGCGGGGUCUUGGGCUGGUCACGUGAGCCAGUCGGCCCUUUGUUGAUGAGCCCCGUCCGGCGAAGAAAGACGACCACGAUAAGACGCAAAAAAAAAAAAAAGAAAGAAAAAAAUAGAAAAAAAGAAAGCUUGCAAUUGAGUGUCAGAGCCAGACGAACCAGACGAAGAGGACGUGGAAGCCCAAGUUCGUUUGGAUGUUUGGCCUUGUGGGGGAUGGAGGCUCAGUCCGGGUUGUGAGGGGGUCGCCGCAAUCCGCCGUCGGCUCUGCUUUGUGCUCGCGUUCCUCCUCCUCUUCGUCGGCGGCGACAUGAGGCGUUGAAGGCCAUCUUUGCUCUCCUGCUGGCGCUCUGGCAACAAAAGCGCGUGAUUUUCCUGCUCUUCUCUUCUGACGUCAUCUCGUGCUCGUCCAUCAUGCCCUCCCCAGCUUCGUCUUCAUCUUCGUCGUCCGUCCUGUUUCUCGUCCUCCUGCUGCUGCUCCUUCCCUCCGCCACGAGCGCGACUCCUCGAGGAGGAGGAGCCGCGCUCGAAUGUGGACCGGGAAAAAACGCCGAGUGUCCAGAUGCGUCGUUGAAGAAGAGCGACCUGCGGGUGUGCGACGCAGGCACGUGUCGUUUUGGUGGGACGUGCCGCGAAAACGGCGCCGACAUCAAGUGUGUGUGUCACUUCCAGUGCCACAAGAAGUUCCUCCCUGUGUGCGCCUCGAAUGGAGACACCUACCAGAACGAGUGCUUCCUGCGGCGGGCCGCCUGCAAGAAGCAGCGAGCCAUCAGCAUCGUGGCCGAGGGAGCCUGUGACCAUGCAGAUGGAGCUUCGGGAUCUGGAAAUGGAGAUGAUAAUGGUUCUGGCAGCAGCCACGGCAAAAAGACGUCCAAAUGUGAAAACUGCAAGUUUGGUGCCGAGUGUGAUGAAGACUCCGAGGACAUGCUCUGCAUGUGUAACAUUGUGUGCAAUGGCCACAAUGACAACCCGGUGUGCGGCAGCGACAGUGUGACGUACGAGACGCCAUGUCACGUCCGCGAGGCGUCCUGCCUCAAACAGAUGAAGAUCGACAUCCGGCACGUGGGACGUUGCCAAGACAGAAGCAGGAAGGAUGACAGCGUCAAGACGAAAACAGACAUCUUUGGCAAGUCAGGUGAGGGGGAAGGUUUGGCAGAAGGCUCCGGCGCCUGCCCCCCGGACCACGCCCUCAUUUGCGUCCACGGCCAAUGUGAGAUGAGGAGCAACCAGGCAAUGUGCAGGUGCUCGGCGUCCUAUGGCGGUCCUCGCUGUGACCAGCUGAUGGAUUUCAACAUCCUCUACGUGGUCCCUAGUGGCCAGAAGCUGCAUUACGUCCUGAUUGCUGGCAUCAUCGGCGCCGUCCAGAUCGCCAUCAUCGUGGCCCUCGUCAUGUGCUUCACCAGGAGGUGCAACAAGGCCAAGCGAGGGAGGCGGCAGAAACAACAUCUGGGUCACUUCCCGUCUGGAACGUCGUCCAGGAUGAUGUAGCAUCGCAUAGCCUAGCGAUCAGUUCUCGCUCGCUCCUUUUUUCCACUUGAUCCACUUUUUCCACGGACACUUUUGAUAACUCCACUUGUGGUGCCUCUUUUUUUUCCUCGUCCGAUACUUUAAAUUCCUAAGGGGCCUUAGUUUUUUGGGUUUGCUUUUUUUAAUUUAUAGUAUCUUUUUUUUUUCUAUUUAAAAAAAAAGAUUCUUUGAUUUUCCUUCUGGAAACUUUUGUUUCCUGUUGCUGAAUUUUUUUUUUCAAAGAGGCAAGCGCAGACGAGCUCAGACACUGGAAUGAGCCGAUGAACUUUUCGUUUUCUGGUUAGCUCGUGAGCUCAAGCCUCUUAGCUUUUGUUUACAUUUUGAAAGAAGUGGCGCAUUUUUGGGAGUCUCAUUUAGAAUGUUUGUAGCUCACAAUGUGGACAUUUUUCAAACUUUGUAAGGCUUCCCCCCCACGCUUUCGGAAUUCACGAGUGCCAGCGGCUGCUAGAAGGCACCGUGAUUCGUUGGGGGACACGAGUGAUGCAGCUGACGUGCUCCAGGGGGUGCUCUCAUCAACUUUCUUGUCAUGCCACAUGAACACACGCCGCUUUGGUUUUUCUACAUUUUCCGGUCUUCAGGUCCAAACUGCAACAGGUUUCCGGAAAAUUUGUUUUUCCAUGUUUUGUCAAGGUGAUAAUUUAAAGAUUUUUCAUCCACUUUUUUUGUUGUUGUUCUUUUGGAAAUUUUCGAUGUCGGUACCAAGUGUCCUUGUUGCUUGUUUUCAUGUGUUAGAUGAAGCGGCCACGAGUGGUUCCGGUCCUGGUCCCGGUUGUGGUUGCACUGUAGUUGUUGCAUGCUGCCGUCGAGUGUCGCUGUGGUUAGAAUGUUGUUGAAUUAAAUCACCGUGGUAACUCAUCAA